AUGUCUAGUUAAGAACAAUAGUUAUAACAACCUCCAUCUCAAAUUUAAUAAUAAAUCAAAGAUAACUCAAAUAUGUUUGGAGGAUUUACUAUGAAAUAAGACCCUUAGCAGUAGAAGUACAAAAAUACUCCUAACUUUACUUUACAAGUAGAAAAUGGAUUUCUCAAUGACAAUUACAAGCUUAAAAGCAAAGUGGAUUUAUUUGUUAAAGUUUUUAUUGAAAAUUAGCAUUUUAGAACUCAUAUUUCUGUGGAUUGUGGUAGAAAUCCUGUUUGGGGGAAGGAAGCAACUUUUCCUUUUUUUGAAAAUCAAUUUGUUGAAAAAAAUUAUCUGAUGUAGGUUGAAUUAUGGAAUUAUGAAACGGAAUUAGGGGAUGUUUAACUUGGUAUAGGAAUGCUUGAUUUAAUGGAAUCUUUCAACAGUAGUCUAAAAUUAAACAAGAUCCCCAUUUAUGAUUCUAAAAAUAUGCAACAACAAAUAGGGUUUAUAUCAGUAAUCACAAAAUUUGCUUAUAAUUUUAUAGGAAAAAUAAAAAAAGAAUAAAAUAAAUAUGGUUCUCCUUUAAAAUUCACUAAACCAGUGAUAAUUGAAGGAAAUAAAAUUACAAAAAGUGAUGUUUAAGAGAGGCAGAUAAGCUUCGAAGAGAGGAUGAAAAAUUUAAAAGAAAAGUAUAAUAUUUAAUAAAGUAAAAAAGAUACAGUAAAAUACAUGGACAUAGAAGUAGGCAAAGAUAUUUAUAAAGCUAUUCAUUAAGGGAUGGUUUUAAUUGGAAAAAACAGACCUGAAAAUCCAAUAAGAGAGCUAGGAUUGUUCCUUUACAAUUACUAAGACUAAGUUUAAAACUGA